GGGCUCUUUCCUCCUGUAGAUCUUCCAAACCUCCCUCUUUGAAACCUCAUCCCCGGAAAACAGAUAGCAUCACCCCUCGUUUUUUGACAUCCACCCCCUCGUUUUUUGACAAUUCAACCCCAUCUGCCAUGCAUAUGCUGGUGAAUUGCUCCAACUGCAGGAUCCCACUGCAGCUCCCGGCCGGCGCAACAUCGAUAAGAUGCGCCGUGUGCCAAGCUGUCACCGAGAUCGCCGAUCCCCGCAGCGCCGCUGCUCCUCCUCCUCCUCUGCAUCAUCCCUCUCCCCACAACCACGCCCCACCCGGCCCACCUCCGUCGGCCCACGGGAGCAAGAAGGCGGUGAUCUGCGGGAUCUCGUACCGCUACUCACGGCACGAGCUCAAGGGCUGCAUCAACGACGCCAAGUGCAUGCGCUACCUACUCGUCAAUCGCUUCAAGUUCCCCGAAUCCUCCAUCAUCAUGCUCACCGAAGAAGAAACUGAUCCAUAUAAGAUUCCAACUAAGAACAACCUGCGGAUGGCAUUAUUUUGGCUCACGCAGGGCUGUCAACCGGGAGACUCACUAGUAUUUCACUACUCCGGCCAUGGUUCACGGCAGCUGAACCGUAAUGGGGAUGAAGCUGAUGGAUAUGAUGAAACCCUUUGUCCUCUGGACUUUGAAACGCAGGGCAUGAUUGUUGAUGAUGAAAUCAAUGCAACACUUGUCAGACCACUCCCUCGUGGAGCUAAGCUUCAUGCAAUUGUAGAUGCUUGCCAUAGUGGCACAGUACUUGAUUUGCCAUUCCUCUGCAGAAUGAAUAGGAGUGGGCAGUACAUAUGGGAGGACCACCGUCCUCGAUCAGGCAUGUGGAAAGGGACAAACGGUGGGGAAGCCAUUUCCUUCAGUGGUUGUGACGAUGAUCAAACAUCUGCCGAUACAUCUGCAUUAUCAAGGAUCACCUCAACAGGUGCGAUGACUUUCUGUUUCAUCCAAGCGAUCGAGCGUGGGCAUGGAGCUACAUAUGGGAGCAUACUGAAUUCCAUGAGGACCACCAUUCGUAAUACUGGUAAUGACAUGGGUGGCGGUGCGGUAACAUCAGUCAUCAGCAUGCUUUUGACAGGGGGCAGCGUCAGCGGUGGUUUAAGACAGGAGCCGCAGUUAACUUCUUUCGAACCGUUUGACGUGUACUCAAAGCCCUUUGCGCUGUGAUUUGGGUGCUCUCCGAUGUGGCGUUCAUAUUGUUUUACAUCCUUCUUUCCAUGCCCUUGUACAGUUGUAGGCAGGGACACUUGCUAGAAGAACACCUUCCUGUUAUCUCAUCAACUAUACAUCUCCAUUAGAUUACUGCUUAAUUAGAAUUUAUUCUUCUGUUAUCUAA